AUGCAUUAUAUAAUAAAUUAAUACUAUGUUAAGUUAAGAGAAGACCCUGAAUUAUCUGCUGUUUGAUCAGCUCUUCUUCUUGCUUUCAUAGAGAAUUCUUAUGUUUUGAGAUUUUGCUCAGUAGGAGGAGAUUAUGCAAACACUCAAAAUGAUUUUGGAGAUCAUUAUUUAGAAAUGGAUAUUCAAUUUGAAUUAAAUAUUAAUACACAAUUGAAGAAAACUGGGUAUGUUAGUUAUGCAGCAAGUAAAGAAACGACAAAAGUAUAAUGAUCUUUUAAAUAAUCUUUAGAUAAAGCUUUUAUAUGAAGAUGGAAAAUAUAUAGUUACCUUUGAUCUUAUGGAUAGAAGUUCUAUUAUUGGAACCAACUUUGCAGUUGGUACAAUUUUUGCAGUUUGGGAAUAGAUGAAAAUCUAUUGA